UAAUAGUUUUCAACACUGGCUCUACACUCGACAAAAACAAUUGCCUUCACAAAUAGUUACUUUAUGCUUAAUGUUAAGAAAUCUCUUUAAAUCACGUUUUUUGCGCAAAAUGUCCUGCUUCUCGCAAGUAAUAAACCCCAUAACGGGCGAGAAUACAUGGCAGGAGCGGGAAGAUGACUACGAUUAUCACCAGGAGGUGGCCAACGCGGGAUUUGGCGACAUGCUGCACGACUGGGAGCGCAAUCAAAAGUACUAUGCGGCGCUGAAGAAGACCAUCGCGGAAAUGCGGUCCUCCGGCAGGGAAGUGCACGUCCUGGACAUUGGCACCGGUACGGGGAUACUCUCAAUGAUGGCCCUAAAAGCGGGGGCGGACACAGUAACCGCCUGCGAGGCCUUCCUGCCGAUGGCCAACUGUGCGGCCAAGAUUCUAGCGGCAAACGGCGCCGGCGACAAGGUGCGGCUCAUCCGGAAGCGUUCCACAGAAAUCCUCAUAGGUGAGGAUAUGCCGCAAAAGGCUAAUCUGCUCGUGGCUGAACUGCUGGACACUGAGUUGAUCGGCGAGGGAGCCAUCAGCAUCUAUAACCAUGCCCACGACGAGUUGCUCACCGAGGAUGCCCUUUGUAUUCCUGCCCGCGCUCGUUGCUACGCCCAGGUGGCCCAAACCCCGCUGGCGGCACAGUGGAACAGCCUGAAGACGCUGCCCAACUUGGACGGGGAACCGCUGUUGCGUCCGCCGGAGCAGCUGAAGGCUUGCCAGGGCGAAGCAGCGCUACACGAUGUUCAGCUGUCGCAGCUUCCGCCGUCCAGCUUCCGUCCGCUCACAGAUCCUGUGGAGAUCUUCCAGUUUGACUUUCAGCGAAAGACGCCGCGCGAGAAGCAGCGGGAGCAGCUGCUGCGGUUGCAAUCCAAGCAGCCGGGAGCCGCUGAGGUUGUCUUCUACUGGUGGGACAUUCACCUGGACAACGGCGGCGAUAUCCUGCUCAGCUGCGCUCCCUAUUGGGCGCACCCGGAUAUCAAGGAGCUGGCCUCCAAGGGGAAGGAUCUACCGCUGCCCAACGUGGUGCCUUGGCGGGAUCAUUGGAUGCAGGCCAUCUACUACAUACCCAAACCGCUGCAGCUACUCGAGGCCGGCCAGGCCUUCCACCUGAGCUGCCACCAUGACGAGUACUCGCUGUGGUUCGAUGCGCGCGAGGAGAAGCCCGGCAAGACGGUGCGGCGGCACACGUGCUCCUGUGACCUGCACAUGACCUACUCGCGCAGCCGGAUCGGCCAGAUGAAUCAGUCACCGCGCAACAAGCGCUACCUGCGCUACCUUGAGGAGAGCCUGGAAGCGGGCCAGUCCCGUGUGCUGGUCCUUGGCAACGGUUGCCUGCUGGGCCUGGCGAGCUCUGCCCUGGGAGCGGCCUCUGUGCAGCUCCACGAGCCGCAUCGCUUCUCGCGCCGCCUGCUAGAGUCCAUCGUGCAGCACAACGAUCUGAAGAACGUGCAGUUUGUGGACAAGCUGGAGGAACUGGAGGCGUCCCAGUUGGCCAGCCUCACGCACAUCUUUGCGGAGCCGUACUUCAUGAAUGCCAUCCUGCCGUGGGAUAAUUUCUACUUUGGCUCUCUGCUCUUGAAAAUAAAGAAUCAGCUGUCGGCCGGGGUAAGGAUUUCGCCAUGCUCGGCCAGGGUCUAUGCCUUGCCAGUGGAGUUUCUGGAUCUGCACAAGAUUCGAGCGCUCAUAGGCAGCUGCGAGGGCUUCGAUCUGCGUAUCUUCGACGAAAUGGUAGAGAGAUCCGCUGAGCAGGCAUUGUCUCUUGUGGAGGCCCAACCCUUGUGGGAGUAUCCCUGUCGGGCUCUGGCCCAACCCCAACAAGUGCUCAACGUGGACUUUAACAAUUUUAGUGAAGAACAUCACCUGGAAGGCAGCAUAGAGUUGAAGCAUACCGGUAGCUGCAAUGGCGUGGCAUUGUGGGUGGACUGGCAACUAACCGACGAUAGUAGUCCCAAAUCUAUAGUGAGCACUGGCCCCAGUGAGCAAAUCACGCCCGGCGAGUUUGUCCAGUGGGACAUGUUUGUGCGCCAAGGUGUACACUUUCCCAGGCCUACAAAGGAGGCUAUUAGCAGACUAGAUUGGAGCACGGACUUCAGACCCCUUCUUGGCGAGCUAAACUUCAGUUUUAAACCCAAAAAGACGUAGGAAUCUUGUUUACUCACAAAAAUUUUGCACUAGUGAUGAAAACGCAGAAUGAAAGUCAGGGAAUAUAUCAAAUACAAUUGAUAAAA